GGUUUUAUUUUUAUCGCGGUGACCUCAUCUCUCAUGGCGGAGUCUCCUCUUCUCCUCUGCUCCGCUCUCUGACUCCUCUAACUCCUCUAACUCCUUUAACUCCUCUAACUCCUCUAACUUCUCCUCGAUAAUCUCCCGCCGUCUCUUCCCGCCGCUCGGACUCUGACGUCGAGUGUUUCAGACGUCUGACUCAGCAUGAAGACCAGGAUCAAGGUGCAGAGUGAUGUCAGCAGCGCUCAGUCCAGGAGGCACGCCGCCGCUCCUUCCACGCCUGCUGGGCUGUGAAUGAGGCGCUCCACACACUACGCCGCCCAGGUCCACGCCACCGCCACCGGCCUGAACGCCACCACCGGCCUGAACGCCACCGCCACCAGCCUACACGCCACCGCCACCGGCCUGCACGCCACCGCCACCAGCCUACACGCCACCGCCACCGGCCUGCACGCCACCGCCACCGGCCUGCACCCCGCCACCACCGGCCUGCACACCACCGCCACCGGCCUGCACCCUGCCACCGCCACCAAAGUUCACUUCCAGCUUGUCAGUUCAGAUUGAGGUCUCUCUCUCUCUCUCUCUCUCUCUCUCUCUCUCUCGCUCUCUCUCUCUCUCUCUCUCUCUCUCUCGCUCUCUGUCUCUCGUCCCGGGAUUUCGGGCUGCCAAGCACCAUCAGGAUGACAUCAUACCCGACCGACACAAUGGAGCUCUUCAUCCUCUGAGGUUCCUCGCCAGGCUGCGUCACUGCGCUGGACCGCCGGCCCGGGACGCCCCGGAGGAGGAGGGGGGGGAGGGGGCGGGGCUAC